AUGUCUUCCAAAGCCUGCAGUACCGGUGUUCUUGAUAUCCCCUUACUGACUGGUGAUAACUUCAAGAAAUGGUUAGAAGAGAUGGAAGUCUUCUUAUGUCUCAAGGACUUAGAUCUAUGCCUUAGGGAAAAGAAGCCUGCAGACCUGACUGACUCCAGCACUACAGAUGAGAAAAAUGAAUAUGCUUCCUGGGAAACUUCUAAUAGGAAGUCUAUUGUAGUAAUCAAGAGUGCACUGACUGAAACACUCAAGGACAGUAUUAAUAUUCCUGAAACUACCAUAGAAUAUUUAUGGGCCAUCAGGGCUAAAUUUGAUUCCUCAAAGAAAGCUCAGGCAGGGGAUUUAAUGAGCAAGUUGACCUCUUCCAAGUUUGAUGGAAAUGGCAGUGCCAGGGAGCACAUUCUUGAAAUGAUUUCUCUGGGCAAUAAGAUCAAGGGACUGGACAUCAACUUUGAUGAUGAUUUCCUGGUGACACUGGCUAUAAACUCACUCCCUGAAGCCUACAAGCCACUCCGCUCCACUUAUAAUGUUUUGCAGAACAAAUGGGAUCUUGAUGAGCUGAUUAAAGUGGUAACUUAG